AGGGGUACGUGACCAAAACUGAAAAACUUGAAGGGUUACAUAAGAUAAAAAAGGUUGAGACCCCGUGCUAUAGAGGAUGGAGAUCGGUGGUUCCUUAUUGCUGGCGGUGGGGGUGUUGCUGUUGUUGUUGUUGUUGUUGUUGUUGUUGUUGUUCAUGAUGGUGGUGGUGGUGGUUGAAGGAUCUUGCCACGCGAGGCUUGUGAGUGGUGGUUCGCUGGCCCCGCCUCCCUCCAUUCUAUAUAAGGCGGCCAUGUCCCUUCACGUGGUCAGUCAUCGUCGAUUAUCGCCUUCAGGAGGACGCCUCGGUCACCUGUGUAGAGCCAAGGUUCCUCAUCACUCCAGGUGCCAGCCAGCCGCCGGGUCACGCCACACCUCACCGUCACCGCCAGACACCGCCGCCCCGUCCCGUCCCGCCCCGUCCCGCCCCGCUCCGCCACCAUGGACGUCACCUUCAUGGAGGCCGUCAACACCUGGGCCGAGGGAGGCAACGCCCCUGUCGGGAGGAGCGGCCACCGUAUCCACUGUACCGACUCCUUCCUUUACACCGUCGGAGGCUACAACCCCCACCACGGCCCGCUCAAGGAGGUGUGGCGCCUCAACCUGUCGACGGGGCAGUGGGAGCGGCUGUCGUGCCCCGCCACCACCCCCGAGGCCAGCAUCUCGCACAGCCUGGCCAGCAGCGGCGAGGACCUGCUGAUGAUGGGCGGCACCUCCGUCCCCUUCGGCAGCCACCUGAGCAGCGACGUGAUGGCGUGCGACAAGCAGAACGGGGACUGGUGCACCCUGCCCACCUCCGGUCCCCCGCCCCCCGCCCUCUACGGCCAGGCAGUGCGGAGAGCCGGGGAGCACCUGUACGUCGUGGGCGGCACCUCGGGCUUCCACUUCUCCCUCCACGCCCACGUGCUGCACCUGCCCUCCCUCACCUGGACCCGCCUGGCCGACGAGGACGCCCCCAGCAAGGACGGCGAGUCGCUGGGGCGGUACCGCACCGAGAUCGGCGUGGCGGCGGGUCGGGUGGUGGUGGUGGGCGGCGCCUCGGCCUUCACGGUCUUUCCUCUUGACCAGCUGCCCGUCCUCAGCCUGGGCUCCGGCAAGUGGGAAAUGCAGUGGACGAAGCCUGACCCCGCGGUGCAGGCGUACCCCAGCCCCCGCCGCUGCCACGCCGCCGUGCAGACUAACAACGAACUGUUCGUACUGGGCGGCACCGACGGCGAGGAGGUAUUCAGCGACGUUUGGCGCCUCGACCUGCUUUCCCUUUCCUGGACCAGAGUCGUCCUCACCCUGCCCACGCCCCUCUACUUCCACGACGCCGCCCUCACAAAGAACGGGUGUCUCUACGUGUACGGCGGCCUGUCUAGCGUGGGCAGCGACCAGCGCUCCGAAGCGGUGUUCCGGGCACAGCUGCAGGCGCCGCCCCUGCUGGAGGCAGCGUGGGGGGCCUUCACUGUCAACUGCCCGCCCCUCCUCUCCCCUGGCCAGACUCCCAGCAGCAUGGACCUGCUGGCAGCAGGCGUCCCGCGGAACAUGGUGAAGAGACUGGCACGGCUGCCCAAGAGGAGAAACAACCUUUGACCUUCCCGGACUCGUACACUCAGUAUCACUGCCACAAGUUGAAGAGUGAAUUCUGUGACGACGCUGUGGGCACGCCGGAGGCCGCUGACACCCUAUGGUGUCGCCGAUAGGUUGUUGCUGUUGUGUCUGCCUGCUGUGCGAAAGGCGCCACGUAUUCACGAAGAUGAAGACGCUGGGCGACAGCCAUCAUUCUCUGCUACGUCCAAUGGCCCCUGGUGUUUGCCACGGCCCGCGUCGAGGUGUUCUGCGCAGCCCAGCGCUGCAGACAACUGACUCUUGGUCAUCCUCUCUUAGAUGUUUCGGUGAAACUUUCUCAGUUGCGCUAGACAUAUCGAAAGCUUUCGAUAGAGUCUGGCACAACUCUUUGCUUUCUAAACUGCCCUCAUAUGGAUUCUAUCCUUCUCUCUGUUCCUUUAUCUCCAGUUUCCUUUCCGGCCGUUCUAUCUCUGCUGUGCUAGACAGUCACUG